AAAACCACUCAGUCCUAUUCACAACCGGGGGGUGCGUAGCGAUAUUGCCUCUACAUACCAAAGGUGUGACGUUAAUCUUCAAAACCACGGAGAAUAAAGGUAAUUAAUUAAAAGAGACAGAAUGAGGACGUUCCUGUCUUUCAUCUCCUGGGCUCUGCUCUGCUGCUGCUGCCGGACAACGCAGGCAGAGGUCUUCACCUCCAUAGGCCAAAUGACGGACCUGAUCUACACAGAGAAAGAGCUGGUCCAGUCUCUGAGGGAGUACAUAAAAGAAGAGGAGUCCAAACUUUCUGCUUUGAGAAGUUGGGCCAACAAGCUGGAUGUUCUUACCAAAGUGUCCACCUCCGACCCAGAGGGCUACCUGGCUCACCCAGUCAAUGCCUACAAACUGAUGAAGAGACUCAACACAGAGUGGUCUGAACUGGAGAGCCUGGUGCUUCAGAACCCCUCAGAUGCGUUCAUUUCCAACAUGUCCAUGCACAGACAGUACUUCCCAGAUGAGGAAGAUGAGACAGGUGCAGCUAAGGCACUGAUGCGUCUACAGGACACAUACCACCUGGAUUCUGAGGCCUUCUCCAAAGGAAAGCUGCCAGGUAUGCACUCCAAUGCCAUACUGACAGUGGACGACUGCUACGACAUGGGAAAGACGGCUUAUAAUGAUGCAGACUAUUACCAUGCUGUGCUGUGGAUGCAGCAGGCCUUGAAGCAGCUGGAUGCUGGGGAAGAAGCUGUGGUUUCCAAGGCAGACAUUUUGGACUACCUCAGCUACUCUGUUUACCAGAUGGGUGAUCUGCCUCGAGCUAUUGAGCUGACACGCCGGCUAGUGGCCAUUGACCCCAAACACCAGAGGGCAGGAGGAAACCUCCGUUACUAUGAAGGGUUGCUGUUCAAGCAGCUCAAAGAGCUGAACCAGGACUACCAGCCUGUUUCUGAGGAGCCCAUCCAGCUGGGAACCUACAGCAGACCUAAAGACCAUUUGCCAGAGAGAGAGGCCUACGAGGCCCUUUGCAGAGGAGAGGGAGUCAGAAUGACUGAAGCGAGGCGCAGCCGUUUGUUCUGUCGCUACCGGGAUGGUCAGAGGAACCCUCGUCUCCUGCUGAAGCCCGUAAUGGAGGAGGAUGAGUGGGACAGCCCCCGCAUUGUACGCUACCUGAAUAUCCUGGCCAACGAUGAGAUUGAGAAGAUUAAAGAGUUGGCUAAACCCAGGCUUGCCAGAGCCACUGUCCGUGACCCUAAAACCGGAGUCCUGACUACAGCUAACUACAGAGUAUCAAAAAGUGCAUGGUUAGAAGAUGAGGAAGACCCGGUCAUUUCUAGAGUCAAUCAGAGAAUAGAGGACAUCACAGGCCUUACAGUAGACACUGCAGAAUUACUACAGGUUGCUAACUAUGGAGUUGGAGGACAGUACGAGCCACAUUAUGACUUCUCAAGGCGUCCUUUUGACAGCAACCUCAAGGUCGAUGGAAAUAGACUUGCUACCUUCCUGAACUACAAAGAUGAGCCAGAUGCUUUCAAAAGAUUAGGCACUGGAAAUCGUGUGGCAACUUUUUUGAACUAUAUGAGUGAUGUUGAGGCCGGAGGUGCCACAGUCUUCCCGGACUUCGGAGCAGCAAUCCACCCUAGAAAGGGAACUGCAGUAUUCUGGUACAAUCUGUUCAAGAGCGGGGAGGGAGACUAUAGGACCAGACAUGCAGCCUGUCCCGUCUUAGUAGGAAGUAAAUGGGUGUCAAACAAGUGGAUCCACGAGCGAGGACAAGAGUUCAGGAGACCAUGUGGCCUGACAGAAGUGGACUGAACAUGCAACAUGCAAACACACACACACACACACACACACACACACACACAAAGACCAGCCCCUCCGUAGUGCCUUCAUUCUGGCAAUGAUGAAACACAAGACAUUGUCCAACACUUACAUAAGCAUCACCAGGCUCAGCUUGUCAACAGAUUCAACACAUGUUUUGUUAGGUUACGACACUGUUGUGGGACGUACAAACAUUAAAACAUAUUUAAAUUGUGAAGAAAACUUAAGCAAAAGGUGUUAUGUGAUUUAUUUCAGUUUCAUAUGCACAUUGUAUUAAGAUGUGAAAAAACAAACUUAUUUUGAUUUCCAUGCAUUUACCAUGGUUUGGCAUAAGAAGCAUGAACUGAAUGAAGACUUUUUUUGAUUACAAAAAAAACUCUUGGUAUUGGAUACAUACUGUACUAGACCCAACUUUAGACUUUUUACCACAUUUUGGUAUUACUAAUGUUCCUGAGUUGACUUUUGCCUCUGCAGGGUAAUGGAGCAACAGAACAACACAUUUACAAUUUUUGAUGUAUACCGGAGUGCCAGCUCGCAAACAUAAGUUCGAUCCAAAGUAACCAUCAGUCUUUUAGGGGAAAAAAGGUACAAAUGCAUUUUUGUAUCUUGAUUACUGACCCUUCAUUUUGUGAUUAAGAAUGACACAAUCUUGUCCCUUUUUAUCUUCAUCAUUUGUAUGGAAAACUUUUUUCCCUUCAAACCUGACUGAGAAAUACAUUUUAUCCAAAUCUUGUCCAUUACAUUUUUAUUUAUAUAGAAUUUAAAUUAUUACACUGUUGUUCGUUCC